AUGGAUUUCAUACUUUCUUUGACGCAUUUCUGCGAGGUGCAUGGUCCAACCUCGAUCAUUUGCUCGCAGGUUCUUCCUUUCGCCUGCCAACAAUGCUAUCCCGAGCCUUCCGACUAUUCUCCCACUGAUACCCCUGCCACCUCUCACGACACCGCUUCCUCCCAUGGCAUGCAAAGUCAGACAAACAGCAAGCCCCCUUCAUCCGCUAAACUAUCUGAAAGGAGCCCGGAAACCGGCGACCGGUCGCCUCGGAUUGAAGACCACCCGUAUUUUUUGAAGACCAAGACCCCACCCGCCGAGAACCAGCAACCUUCGAGCCAUCUGGGAGGCGCGGAGGGGGACACCUGUGCCAGUUGUAGUUUGACGCUACCCGAGAAUGUAAGCAAGCAGCUACCACCGGGGGCACCAGGGGCACCCAAGAGUGAUGGCAAGGGUCGGAACGGUAGUCCGGUCCUGCGCUCGCGGCAGGUUGUCUACACCUGUGGCAAUAGUUCUGCCGAUCAUGAAGAUGGCGACCCGCACGUCCAUCAAUCCUAUCCGGAGUCUCUCCAUUCGUCCUCUGUUACGUCAGAUGCUUCUUGCCACUCACAUAUUCUCACCUACCUGUCCCUGCGUGGACCUCCAAAUCCUACCGAUUACGCUCUUCUUCGUCGCUCGUCGAUCCGGACCCUGAGUUGUGAGCUCUUACCACGCGGACUAUCUUCCGGACCCUUGAGUUUCGGGGACGGAAUCGCUGGCUAUACCAUCGCGUUCGUCUUUCGUCUUCCCGAUCCAAUGGCUCGUGGGAAACGGCGCAGCUACGCCUUUCUCGCCUUGGCGGGCAGAGAUGGGGGCAGGGCAUUCCGGGCCUCCCCCGUCAUUUGGCGAACCUUUGGGCGCAUUGCAGCUGGAAUGGCAAACUCAGCAGAGAAGUUCCAGGAGGAAGAGAAACGCCGGGAGGAGCAGAACAAGCGCCCUGACAGGGACGGAAAUAAACCAUACACCCCUGUUUCUUCAUUUCUCACUGGACGUGCACUGGAUCCGGCCGGUCAACUCCGCCGGCCUGGUCCCGUUCGUGCAAGGAACCUGUCGGAGAUCACGGGUAACCAGUACAUUUUUGCGGAAAUCCACGCGCACUUUGUAGCUCUUCUCCAACAGCUUGGCCACCAGUUCGGCACAUACCGGGUCUCGGAAGAGCAAAUCAUCAGCACUAUUCGCGAAGAGGAAGGUACUGCCGCAGCGAGACGGCAGUCUACCUCUAUGGCAGGUGGGAAGGAAAAGUCUCGGCGCAAAGCCUCCCAGCAAUUCGAUGAUGAUACCGAUCUGGGAAUGUCGACUUUGAACCUGUCUUCGGCCGCCGGACCAAAGCCUAUCCCCAUUACCCCUCGCCGACCUGUUGUCGCUUGA